AUGGGCAAAGAGAAGAAACUGGAGAGAUGGAUGUACAGACAAGAUGGGCCCUCUCCACCACGGAAACCAUACCCGACUAUUAACACUCCAGAAAACGUGGACAUGACUCUGAAGGAACACACGGUUAUUGUGAAGGGCCCCAGGGGCACCCUGUGGAGGGUCUUCAAUCACAUUAAUGUAGAACUCGGCCUCCCUGGAAAGAGAAAGAGGCUCUGGGGUGACGAAUGGUGGGGAAACAGAAAGGACCUGGCUAUCGCUGGCACUAUCUGUAGUCACAUACGGAACACGAUCAAGGGUGUCACGCUGGGCUUCCGCUACAAGAUGCGGUCUCUGAACUCUCACUUCCCCGUCCACACUAUCAUUCAAAAGAAUAGCCUUCUUGUUGAAAUCCAAAAUUUCUUGGGCAAAAAAUACAUCCGCAGGGUUCGGAUGAGGCCAGGCGUCGCCUGUUCACUAUCUCGAGCCCAGGAAGAUGAGUUAGUUCUUGAAGGAGGCGGCGGUGAACGUGUAUCAAAGUCGGCUGCUUGGAUUCACGAGCCACAACAGUUAAAAACAAGGAUAUCAGAAAAAUUUUUGGAUGGUAUCUAUGUUUCUGAAAAAGGAACAGUUCAGCAGACCGAUGAAUAAGAUCUAAGUUAUCCAGCUACAGAAACAACAAGUCUGCGUCUAAGCUCAGGCUGCCAUAACAAAUACCACAGACUAUGUAGUUUAUACAACAAACAUUUACAUAGUUCUGCAGGCUGGCAAGUCCAAGAUCAGAGCAUCGGUAGAUCCAGUGUGUGGUGAGAGCCCACUGUCUGGCUUGCAGACAGCUGCUUCCUCGUAUCCUCACAUGGCGGAGAGCAGAGAGCAAGCAAACUCUCAUGUUUCUUCUUAUAAAGAGUACCCUUCACAAGGGUUUCAUGCUCAUGACCUA